GUUUGCCGUCCGUCUUCGGCAGCUGCUUGCACGCACAAGAAUCCUCAACAUCUUGACGAGAGCAUCAUCAUUAGCGUACGUCUCGAAUCAAUUUCGACAAAGGAAUGCUUUCCUUGCCUCUCAUCGCCGUCUGUGUCGUGGCCCUUUUCACAUCUGCAGGAAUCUUGGAGUCGUUUUCACGUGGCUUACAGGCAGCCGCCAUGCACAACAUGUAUCGACCCCAACAACAACAACAGCAGCAGCAGCAGCAACAGCCCCCGCAAACUACGACAACGACAACGACGGAGCAGACACCUGUCAAUAACGUUGCCAAUCAUUGGCAAAUGAACAGCUCGUACACUUACAUGGCGACGCUGAGUGGCGCUCAACAACGUGUCGAUUUAUGCGAAGGAAACGUUCUCGUUCCAUUAUCCCAUGUGAAAAAUGAAUUGGCAUUUAAAUCGACCCAGUUUCCAUUCAAACGAUCGGUGCCUCUUUUAUGUUCGUGGAACGUCAAGGUGGAUAACAAGUGCCGUCGCGGUCUAGUCACCAUGGUCAUUAAUGAACGCAGCCGACUGUCGGGUGAUAGGAGAUGUACCAAAGGAUACUAUCGCGUUUCGCCAUUCAUGAAAGAAGCCAAAAUAUGCGGUCGUAUCAACACGGUGCCGGCCUUCCAGUGGUACGUUGAGGAUCAACAGCCAGAAAAUGUGACCAUCACGUUGAAGCAUAACGGACUCAACGACGGCUACUCGGAGGGACUCGGUUUUACCCUUUCAGGUGAAUGUCUGACUGACGCGUCCGACAUGACGACGAGUAAAGCAAUUAAAUCUUAUAGUCAUUGGCUGCACGAGCUUUCCAAAAGCCAAUCGGCAUCAACGGGGGCUCUGACGGUAGUCUUGCCGUUUGUUACCUUGCAAGAGAUGCCUUUGGAGGGGGGCGUCGCACAUGACUCUGCCCAUCUGGCAGAUGCUUCCAACAGUGAAGCAGAGGUUGCCUUCCAACCGUUGCAAAAUGCUACCAACGGUGAACCAGAGACUGCCAUCCAGCCAUUGCAAAAUGCCACCGAUGGUGAACAAGCUGCUGCCAUCCAGCCAUUGCAAAAUGCCACCGAUGGUGAACAAGCUGCUGCCAUCCAGCCAUUGCAAAAUGCCACCAACGUACCGGACAGCAACACCAAUACGACGCAUCAAAUUGCUGACGGGCCAAUAUUGCAGGACAAUUCUUAUCAAACUACGACGCUAACUGUUGGUGGUGUAAAUAAAAAUGUGUCGGCGGCUGUUCAUUUGCCAAUGACAUUGAACAAUGUCACCGAGAUGCCCUUAAUAGUUGCCCAGACGACCACUGGCCGACCCUCAUCGGCGAACGAUCGAAACGCACCAGGUUACGCUAUCGAUUUCAAAGUGCCUGAAGACGAUAGUGAAAUGCCUUGGCUGAUUGUCGAGUCUCUCAAACCCAAACCUUCACUUAUGAAAAUGUAUCCAGACGUCCACAGUCGUCGACCCAUGAUCAAACGGCCGGUCACGCCAGUGUCUCAUGCUAAUCAUCCCGACAUCCCAUGGCUCAUUUUAAAGUCGCCCGAUUCGAAUCCAUCGAUCCCAGCCAGCCGCCCGCCGACUACCAACAGUCCUUCACCUACGCUUGCACCAAUCAGACGACGUCCUUUGCCCACGACAGCCUAUCCUUUGAGAACCCAUGGCUGGCCAAUGCGCCAUUCUGCCCGUCCUAGCAAUAGACUGUCUUCCUUUAUUCGGCCACAGAGACCGAAACGUCCCGUCCGUCCAACGACUUCUGUCGAUAACGAGGGCAUUCCGUGGCUUAUCCUGAAAUCUCCCGACCCUAGUCCGUCAUCGUUGGAAAUGAUUCAUUACCCGAAAACUCCAACUACAAAUGAACUUGAUUCCAAUGAGGACGACCGAUCCUCUAAUUAUUUCUAUUCGAGAGCUUAAUGUGCUCGUAUUGAACUGAAACCAACGUCAUUCGACACGAACCCAAAUUGAGAAAAAAAUGGAAAUGCUAUUAUAUUAAGCUUAUAUUUAAGUUAUCCAGUUUCUUGUUGUAUUGAACUGCUGUUCUAACUUGCACUU